GUUCGAUUUUCGUUGGGCCUGUGGGAGGGUCAAUAUUCCUGCGAGACUGUGUUGGGAUUCGCCUUAUGGCAAUUUGUCAGCAACUACGAACCAGAGAUUGUCACGAAUGCGAACUCCUUCUGCAAAUACCGGGUCACCCUAUAAUAGAGAGCUCCCACGAUAUGCUAUUCG